GCUCAAGUAGAUUUCCCUUUGGCCCACCGCGUCUCAUUGGUUAGCACGAGGGACUGAUUUGCAUGUGGUGGGAGUGUCCUGAGCCAGCGCUCUGGGAUGAAUGACUUGUUCAAGUCAGAUAGAAAUAAGGCAUUGCACUUAGCAGAGGUCUGCACAGCUCAACGCUGAAAAUGCCUGGGUUACUUAAGCUGCCACUCUUCCUGCUAUAAGUGGAAAGUGUUGGAAUAGGACAUAAACAUGUUCAAGAGCAGACACCUCAGCCUUAGCAAAAGAGGAAGAAUAUGGGGAUUGUGCAUCCUCCUGCUUUACACCGCCCCCCUUUCCUGUUUUGCGAAUUUCAGUCAAGCAAAAGAGCUCAUCUAUAAGAUAAAGGAGGGAUUACCAAGGGGGACCUUCAUAGGAGCCAUUGGAGUAGACUUAAAUUUGGAUUUCACUGUUGAGCCCCCCUUUUUAUUCAAUCUCCCGCAAAAGAAGGUCAGCAAGCAGUACGUGAACCUAAAUAAUACCACCGGAGAGCUUUACACAUCUGCCACAGAGAUUGACAGGGAGACCCUCUGCGCUGAUAACCUGCCCGGACAGGGAUGUGUCCUCUCUCUGGACGUGUUUGUGUUGCCUCAGCAGUACUUCCAGCUCGUCAAGGUUAAGAUCUUAAUUGAGGAUGUGAACGACAACAGGCCCAAGUUCCCCACGGAUGAGAUCUGUAUGUCUGUCCCGGAAAACACACCAAUCAAUGCUCGUUAUGCUGUGGAGCAGUCUGCGGUUGAUCCAGACCUGGGCCCUCACGGAGUGCAGACCUACUGGCUGGUUAAUGACUUUGGCGUGUUCACGCUGGACGUCGAGGAGAACGAGGGAGGUGAGCUGACGCCCUUCCUCAUCGUGACAGAUUCUCUGGACAGAGAGACCCAGGCUGAAUACGUUACAGAUAUUAUUGCGGAGGACGGAGGGACCCCUCCUCUGCUCGGCGCGGCCACUUUAAAAAUCGUCAUCACAGAUGUGAACGACAACUGCCCGCAAUUCAGAGAGUCACAAAUUAAUGUCACUCUGCAUGGGAAUACCACCAAAGGUGCUCAUUUGGCACGUCUGCAUGCUUUUGACCCUGACCUUGGUGCUAAUGCUCAGAUCAGCUAUGCUUACAGUGAACGUGUGCCAAGGGACACCAGGAGCCUGUUCCAUUUGGACAAAAUCACAGGGGUGAUCAAGCUAGCGGGGAAAAUAGACACUGGCACGGCCGCAUUUUACAAACUCACUGUGCUGGCCAACGGACCUGGUUGUAUCCCCGCCGUUGCCACUGUUACCGUCCACAUCAUCAAGGUCGUUACUGGGCCACCUGCUGUCAUACCCCGCUACAUAGCAUCGGAAAAGGAUGGGGUGGUGUCGAUAAAGGAGUCUGAGCCAGCUUUUUCUCCAAUCGCUUUUUUUACUGUCAAAAACGUCGACAUGAACCAAAGGGUGGACUGUCACUUGGAAGGGUCUGGUCCCUUCAGGCUUGGCCCCUACCAGCUGUUCAAAAACGAAUACCUGCUGGAGACGACGGAGCCCCUGGACUUUGAAAAGACGCGGGAGUACGAGCUCAUCGUGGUUGCCACGAAUGCAAGGGGACUCGUCAUCAAGACCUUUCUCAAGGUGCAGAUUUUGGAUGAGAACGAUAACGCGCCCGUGUUCCAGCAGUCACUGGUGGAAAUAACAGUUGAGGAAAACAAUCCGCCAAACACCUUCCUAACCCAGCUCCAAGCCUCAGACCAGGACAGCGGGAGCCGAGGGGAAGUCGCCUUCCUUCUCGGAGGCGACGCCCCCGGGAUCUUCGUCGUGGACCGUGUCACGGGCGUCCUGACCGUGUCUGCGUCGCUGGAUCGCGAGGAGAAGGAGACGUACCGGUUCAUAGUGAGAGCGGUGGACCAGGGGACGCCCAGGAGGGAGUCCAUAGCGACGGUGGUGGUGACCGUGCAGGACCGCAAUGACAACAGCCCGCGCUUCAUCAAUAAGGACUUCACUUUCUUUGUCCCUGAGAACUUCCCAGGUUACGGUGAGAUUGGCGUCCUGUCUGUGACAGACGCCGAUUCUGGGGAAAACGGCUGGGUGGCGCUCUCGAUCCUCAAUGGCAGCGACAUCUUUAUGAUAGACACAGGGAAGGGGGCGCUGAGGGCCAAGACGCCGCUGGACCGCGAGCAGCAAGGGACGUACCAGCUGUGGAUCGAGGCCGUCGACGGUGGGGAGCCCGCGCUCUCUUCGGUGACCAUGGUCACUGUGCUGUUGUUGGAUGUAAACGACAACCCGCCGAUUGUCCUCUUCCCCCAGUCUAAUCAGUCGUACAUGCUAGUGCUACCCAACACUGUCCCGGGGACGUCGAUCACAGAGGUGUACGCUGUGGAUAAAGAUACGGGCAUGAAUGCCGUUAUCGCCUAUAGUAUAAUUAAAAGGAAAGGUGGUGAGCCGGGGUCAUUUGCCAUUGAUCCAGAAACAGGAAAUAUCACAUUAAAGAGGGAGCUAAGCAACCGGGGCCUCUACAGCCUUCUGGUGAAGGUCAGUGAUCACGGUCAGCCCGAGCCGCUUUACUCAACAGUCAUGGUUAACUUCUUUGUCAACGAGACCGUGAGUAACGAGAGCUACAUUCAAAGCCUGCUAACCAGAGAGGCUGACAUAGAAGUAGAGGAGAAGCCCUGGUACGUCGGCCAGAUGACAGAAGGCCCUGAGAGGUACGAGCUGUUCCCCUGUCGGCCCGUCCUCAUCGCUCUGUCAGUGACCUGUCUGGGGCUGUUCUCCCUGGUCGUCACGCUGACAUCUUACAUUUGCUGUAAGAGGCUUAAAAAGAACAGGAAGAAAAGGUCGGAAGUGGAAAUACCUUUAAAAAUGAAAAACGACUCCAUACAGGUUGCGAACAGAAAGCUCAGGCAGAUAUCAAACAUCUGACAUUCGGCUGUCCGCACGUCCAAAAAACAACCACUGUUUACACGACUGUUUACAAAACUCACUGUGAGACGUUAAUAGAUCUUACAUGGAGCUCCUCCUCGUGCUUUUGUCAUAAUGACUGCUAUUGCUGCAACGUUCUUGUAUCGUCAUAGGACCUAUAAGAGUUUCUGCGACCGUGAAGGGCACACAGACUCACGCUCUAGUCUCCAGCGACACGUCGUCCGAACACGACGCGUCAGCUGGCGUCGACAUAACAACAGCAUCAUUACAAAGCCAUAAGUGCAACUCAACGAUGGUUACUGAAGUCCUAUGUAAAUACUGUAAAAAAAAAAAAAGAAAGAUAAGAGGUUUUACAACUUUAUAUGAAACGUUUUCAUCAUAAAAUGCUCCUUGGAUCUAUAAUGGUUUAGAAAAAAUCCUUUUACACCACCUGAUGCAAAUGAUAUGAAGGUUAUGGAAAUCUAAAUAUAUUUAUUUUUUUAAAUCAGAUGUCGAGCUAUAUUCAUAACGCAUAAAAUAUUUCUAGACUGACUGAUACAGAAAAGGCUGAUAACACUAUGCACAAAAAGACCAAAAAGACGACUGUUUUUUUUCUGAGCUUUCAUUCGUGUCUGUCUGUCUGUCUGCUUUAGCUCAUCUUUAAUGGACUGAUGAUGUGCUUACAGCAUGUACGGUAGAAUGAUAAGUGGCUGAGGUUGGAAGAUCCAGAAAGAAAAAAAAAAAAAGAAAGAAAACAAGUUGGUGGACUAUUUUAUGUCAAAAUCCUGUCUGAGAGCCAUCUGAGUAACUAACAGAAGUUACCGGUUAUAUGUAUAAAACCUUUAAAAACAAACAAACAAACAAAAAAACGCCAUUUCAACACAGCAAAGAGUCUUUAUCUUCAUCACGCUGAGCAACUUGUGUCCAAACUUCUCUGUCAUGCAAACUGCUUCAUCCUUUAUAGAAUCGUGCGAUUUCUCAAUGUGUCUGUGAAAACAUGCAAGUGUUUGUGAAAGAAACUCAAAGUAACUAUUAAAGAAUCUUUAUUUUUAUAAUA